AUGGCUUUUGCUCUGUUAGCUAUUUUUCUAUUAAUUUUAAUUAUAAAUUCUUUACAGCAACAAUUUGUUGCUUCUCCUCAACAACAACCUCCUCAAUUUGUAGCUGAUCCUUCUAGUAACCAAGACCCUCCUUACGGCCAAUUUGUAGCAGAUCCUUCUAAUAACCAAGACCCUCCUUAUGGCCAAUAUGUAGCAGAUCCUUCUAAUAACCCAACUGCUGGCCAACAAUUUGUAGAAAAUCCUUCGUAUGGACAAAAUUAUCAACAACAACCUUUUAUGGGAAAAACACAAUAUCAACAGCAGCAACCAGAAGUACAACAACCUGCAUAUAACGGGUGGGAUACAGCUAUGCAGCAACAGGUGAAUGAAUUUUCCAAAGAAAAACUCUGAAUGAACAAAUCCGAACAAAAAUCUGAACUUAUGGA